AUGUCAUCCACAUCUGAGGGACAAUUUCCAUUGAAAAAUGGUGGAACUCCAGAAAAAGAUGUCUCUUACAUCGAAGAUGAUAUCAGUCCCAGCCAUGAUACCAAAGCAGAGAAAUUGGCACGUACAAAGGCUGACCUUUCGGUGCUACCACUCUUGUUCUUGGGCAUGACUGUCUUCCAGCUCGACCGUAUGAAUUUGGCUAGUGCAUUGACGGGAGGCUUCAUGGAUGCUAUACACGUGAACCAAAAUACGAUCAACUUAGGAAAUCAAUUGAUGUUCCUCGGGAUCGUUGUUCUGGAGAUCCCAUCGAAUAUGUUACUCCAGCAGAUUGGUCCACGCAAAUGGAUCGCAGCACAGGUUUUCGUUUUUGGUGUCAUUGCAACCUUUCAGAUCUUCUUGAAGUCUAGAGCUGGGUUUCUGGUUACCCGCAGCCUUUUGGGGUUGGCUGAAGCAGGCUAUAUCCCGGGUUCCGUAUACACUCUAUCAACAUGGUAUACUAGACGGGAACUCGCUAAGAGAGUGGCAUUUCUCUUCUUUGGCAUGUUUGGUGGAAAUGCAAUCUCGCCUCUCCUAGGAGCGGGAUUAUUGCGAUUAGAUGGCCGAGGAGGACUUUCUGGGUGGCAAUGGAUAUUUCUGAUCGAGGGUAUAUGGACGAUUUCGGUGUCCCUUCUUCUCCUAUUCGUGCUCCCUGGGAGCCCCGAUACUCCUAAACCGCUGUUGUCGAAGGGCUUAAUCCGGUUUUCUAAGGAAGACCAACUUGUUCUCUGCGAACGGCUGGAGAGAGACGAUGAAGAGAAGAAAGGGGGUGCUCGAGGAUCGCCCAUCCCGCUUAGAAUUGUCCUGAAGACAUUGUUAAACUACCGGAGAUGGCCACACUACUUUGCCACCGCCAGUGUCUUCGCGACUUGGAGCCCUCUGACAACAUAUACGCCUACUAUAAUCAUGGCACUAGGCUUCCAGCGUGUUCAGGCGAAUGCCCUUGCUGCAAUCGGCGGCUUCAUUACGCUCCCGGUGGUCUUCUUCUUCGCCUGGGUUAGCGACAGGACUAACAAGCGGGGCCUAACCGUCAUGGCAGCCAUCACCAGCUAUCUUAUCGUGCUAAUUGUCGCUAGAAUCGUACAUCCACAUGUGGGCAAGUGGAGUCGAUUUGGCCUCUGGACGGCAAUCAAUGGGAUGGCAGUGGGGUAUCACCCAAUUCACAACACGUGGGUUCAAUUAAAUUGCACAGAUACAAGAGAGAGAAGUAUUGCUAUCGCGAUGUGGGUAAUGAGCGCCAUUCUCGGUCUAAUGGCAGGGACACAAAUAUUUCGAAAAGAUGACGGCCCGUUUUACCCCACGGGCCUGGCCAUUAUGAUUGCGCUGGUGGCUUUUGGUUUGGUUAUGGCAGCGGUGCAGGAGGUCAUAUAUCUGGCGCUCAACCAUCGAACGAGGAGCAAAGGUGGACGAGCACUGUAUGUUCCUUGA